AUGAGAGCUGCAAUUGUUGUGUCUGCUCUCGCCCUGAUGGGCUCGGCUUCGGCCCAGCAGUUUAGAAACACAUCUACUGUUGCUUUUGCGAACACCACUUCGCAGGGUAGUUCCACUUCUAGCAGUGUUAUCUUGACGACUGGCUCUGGUUCAUCCUCCUCCUCUGCUUUAUCUUCUUCCUCUGCUGCUGCAGUCAGCACCAGCUCAUCGUCAUCUCUUGCUCAAAAUGGCACUACCAUUACCAGCAGCUCGGCCUCGCCAGCCAGCGUAACGAGCACCUCGAGCAUGUUGAACUCUUCGAGCGUUGUCGCGACCACCUCGUCAGCCGGAUUCAACUCCUCAUCCCAUGCUGUCUCCACCACUUCCUCCGCCGGAUUCAACUCUUCGACUGCUGUCUUGACCACCUCAUCUUCCAUGCUGAACUCUUCUGUCGCUGCCUCGACCUCCACGGCUGGCGCUUCCAACUCUUCGGUCGUUCUGACUACUUCGUCGGCCAGCUCAGCAUCGGCUGUCACUGUCAGCGCCUCCAGCUCUUCCGUUGCUCAGACCACUUCUUCAGUCAGCUCGUCAUCGACUUCUUCUUCAUCUUCUAGCUCUACUAUUGCUGGGAAUGCUACCAUGACCUCAGCUUCGCAGACUUCUUCUUCAUCUGCCGCACCCACCAGUAACAACGCAACAUACGUUGUCGCUGAUGGUGUCACAUACUAUGUCCAGACCAACGUCACCUACUCUGGUACCACAUUCAGUCUUCCUGCAGCCAAGAGAGCCAUUAAGUACUACUUCUACAACAAGAGAGACUCGACUGGCUUGAAUCAGUGCAUGGACGCUUGUGCUGCCGCCUCUCAAUGCGUGGGCACAUCGUACAACACUUCUUGCACCUACUUCAGCAGCAUCAACAAGAACAGCAAGGUCGCUUCUCCCGGCACUGACUUUGCCAUGGUCACGUCUCGCCAGAGUAACUCGACAACGACCAGCUCUUCUGUCGCUUCAACCAGUAGCACUGCCAGCUCUGGCUCGUCGAGCAGCGUCUUCUCCAACUCGACCUCUGCCAUCAUGUCCAGCUCUACUUCCUCAAGCAUCUUCUCCAACUCGACCAGCUCGAUGUUGAGUACCGCCAGCCAGACAUCAAGUGCCCUGGCCACCUCUUCUGCCAGCGUUUCUUCGAGCUCGAUAUCCUCUUCCGCCUUCCUCAACGGAACCACUACCGCUUCUGCUUCUGAGAGCAGCUCUACCCAAAUGUCUUCCUCGAGUGCCGCUGCUUCAAGUGCUGCUGCCUCGAGUGCUGCUGCCUCGAGUGCCGCUUCCUCAAGUGCAGCUGCAUCAAGCAGCACUGCCUCGAGUAAUUCUUCUUCUGCUGCCUCAUCCACAAGCGCUUCCUCCUCUGAGGCUUCUUCCACCAGCCCCUCUCCUGCUGCUUCUUCAAGCGCAGUCUCCUCCUCGGCUGCAGUCAACAGCACCAUGACUGCCUCGGCAUCGAGCUCUAGCAUGGCUAGCUCCGCUUCUGGCUCAAUGUCCAUGGCCCAGAACUCGACCUCUACUGUCAGCUCCUCAACUGCUUCUAGCUCUGCCAGCGCUUCAGCCUCGACAAGCCCCGAGUCCCUGAUCUGCCCCAAACUCAAUGGAGCCGUCAUUACCAGCGCACUCAAAAUUGGUUUCGAGAUUGACUGCAACCAUGGCAUCAUCGGAGUUACUUUGGAUAUCACUGCCAACAUCAAGCGUCAAGCAGCUGAACUUCCCUCUUCUCUGUCCAACUGCGUUGAUGUCUGCUCUACUUCUGCCCAAUGUGUUGGUACCACUUUCGAGCCUUCGACUGGCGUUUGCACCUACUACAGUGCUAUCCAGAGCACCUACAUCGUUGAUGGUAUGGACUCUGCUCUUGUCAUUCACCCCAACUCUGGUUCUGAGGCCACCACAACCGUCACUGUUGUCUCCACUCAGGUUCAGACCAGCACUGUUGUUCUUGGGGGUAGUUCCACCAGCGUUGUCACCAGCACAGUCACUUCCACCGCUGUCGAGACUGUUUGCCCCAAGUGCUCAAUCACCAGCAUUCCUAGCGGUGCCCAGACUGCCGCUGGUCAGAACAACAAUGCUCAGAGUACCGCAGUUGUGUACAGCACUACUGUUGUCACCAUCUCGUCCUGCGCACCCACUGUUACCGACUGCCCUCUUCGCGCUGGACAACAGCAGACCGUGGUCACGACCGUGGUUCCUGUGACUAGCACCGUCUAUCAGUGCCCCGUUGCAACCGACAACGCAGUCGCCACUGCUCUUCAGGCUGCCGUCACUGUUCAGGAUGUUGUCACCAGCACUGUUUACGAGUGUCCUGCCGGCCAGACCAUCACUGUUGGUGGAAACGUCUACACCACCCAGUACACUUCGACCUACACUACCCAGGUCACUGCCAGCUCCUCGGCACCUUCUGUCCCCAGCGUUGUCUCCACCCAGACUAUUGUCUAUGUUGACAAAAUUGUCUCUGUGAUCCAGGGUCAUACUUCCACCAAGUGGGUUGUCAUCUCGACCGCCAUGCCUACUCCUGCUGCUGCCGCCGCCGCUUCCACAACCGUGGUCCGGAUCACCGAGUCCGUUGUUCCUACCGCUUCCGACCUUCCCACUGUUCCUGCCAUGGGCAAUACUCCUGCUAUGGCUAGCGGCUCUGCCAUUGCCACUGCUUGCAACGGUGUCAACUGCCCCAGUACCGGCAUGGUCACUUCUGUCUCUUCUAGCCCUUCCACUUCUCAGCCUGCCACCUACACCGGCGCUGCAUCUAUUCUUAGCGUCCAGAGUGGCUUCAUUGCGACCGUGUCUGCGGGGCCAUCCCAGCAGUCCGUCUACAACAUCUCAAAAGGUGCCCAGGCAAAUUUGAUUCGCUGCGCCGCCACCGAGUGUAGGCCUAAAGGCAUUCGCGUUAAUGGUGUCUGUUUGACAUCUGCAAAGACGGCAUUGGCGCGUGAGCUCUUUGAUACUAUGGAUUUCAUGCGCACAUUUGCAGACUCGGUGCCGAUGAAACGCUGA